AGUCGCAUCAGCGCACAUUCACACAGAGGAGCUUCACAGACCGGCGAGAUGUGGCGGAUAGUGGAGCUCGUGGCGUGUUUGCUUAUGAUGUCCAGUCAUGUAUCAUCUCAGAGCAAGAUCUUCGGGGAGGAACAAGUCCGCAUGACAUCAGAGGGGUCCGACUGCCGCUGUAAGUGCAUCAUGAGGCCUUUGACCCGGGACGCAUGCGCUCGCUUGCGGACAGGAAGUGUGCGUGUGGAGGAUUUUUACACGGUGGAGACAGUGAGUUCCGGAGCUGACUGUAAGUGCUCCUGCACGGCUCCGCCCUCCUCUCUCAACCCCUGCGAGAACGAAUGGAAGAUGGAAAAACUCAAGAAACAGGCGCCAGAACUGCUCAAGCUGCAGUCCAUGGUGGACCUUCUGGAAGGUACUCUCUUCAGUAUGGACCUUCUCAAAGUUCACUCGUACAUCAAUAAGGUGGUGUCUCAAAUGAAUAACCUAGAAGAGAUGAUAAAGAUGAAUCUCUCUCGGGAGAAUGACUUUGUGAGAGACAGUGUGGCGACUCUGACCAAUCAACUACGGCAGUACGAGAACCAUUCUGACAUCAUGAUGAGCAUAAAGAAAGAACUGUCCAGUCUGGGCCUUCAGCUGCUGCAGAAAGACCCCACCGCCUCGGGCCCUAAAAGCAAAGCUCAGGACACACUGGGGACAAAUAUCAAAGAUGCUUCAAAGUUUCCGGCAAAGAAACCAGAAAAGGGGAAACCUCCACCAAAGCCAGUGAAGGAAAAGCCAGCCAAGCCGAAGAAAGAGACCGCAAAACCAAACAAAGCUGGUAAACCAGAGCAAACAGAACUGCCCAGUAAAACCAAACCAUCACAGAACCAGCCAGGACUAAUCCGAGGAAUCACAUACUACAAAGCCACCAAAACUGAUGAGACAGGCAACCAAAGAGAGAGACCUGAUGAAACGGACACGUUGCUUGAGGUAGAGGUAGAGGAAGAGCAAAGUACCAUAUUUCCUGACACCUUGACGACAGAGACAAGCCCAGUACCCAUGACAGUAGCAACAACCACUCCUCCCACAACAACAACAACAACCCAGAGGACGACUACAACUAGCAGAACAAUAUUCAGAGAGGAGCGACCAGCUCCAACCAUUGCACUCGUGCUGGACAACACCAGCAACAACUCAUACUCCGCAGUUAAAGAGCACAGCUGUGAAGGGACGCUGGCCUCCAUCGAGCUGCCGGUCAAACAGCACAGUUACGGCAGGAAUGAGGGCGCAUGGAUGAAGGAUCCUGCCGCCAAGGACUCCAAAAUCUACGUCACCAACUAUUAUUACGGCAACAACCUUGUGGAGUUCCGGAACUUGGACAACUUUAAACAGGGCCGUUGGAGUAACCUGUACAAGCUGCCUUAUAACUGGAUCGGAACGGGUCAUGUGGUGUACAGAGGAGGGUUUUACUAUAACCGUGCCUUCACAAAGAACAUCAUCAAAUACGACAUUAAGCAACGGUUUGUAGCCGCCUGGGCUCAGCUCCACGACGUCGUCUACGAAGACACCACACCUUGGAAGUGGAAAGGCCACUCUGAUAUCGACUUCGCCGUGGACGAGAGCGGACUUUGGGUCAUCUACCCAUCUGCUGACUAUGACUACGGACAGGCCGAGGUCAUUGUAGUCAGUAAACUAGAUCCCAGUGACCUGUCUGUCAAAAAGGAGACCACGUGGAGGACGAGACUGCGAAGAAAUUCAUUCGGGAACUGCUUCAUAAUAUGCGGCGUACUGUACGCGGUGGACAUUUACAAUCAGCGAGAAGGGGAGGUUUCAUAUGCAUACGACACGCUAACGGGAGCCGAGGCGUCACCGCAUUUACCGUUCAUUAACGAAUACGGGUUCACCACACAAGUCGAUUACAACCCGAAAGAGAAGGUUCUGUACGCCUGGGACAAUGGACACCAGCUCACCUACAGCAUCAACUUUGUAGAGCAAGCAAAGAAAUGAAAUCAGACUUCAUUAAUCUUAUUUACUCAAAGCAAAAAGCCACUUCCUGACUGUAUCUGCCUCAUUGGUUUCACUGACAAAUGCUCUCUUGAAACGGUUCAUCGUCUCCUAAUGAGGUUUAAUAGACAUUUGUUUGAGAUUAUGUAAGAACAAAGGGGUUACAUAAACGCUGCUCUAGAAUUCACUAGAUCUAGAAUCCCAUCGUAUGAAAUCUAAAGGCCCUCUCACAGGAUUCAAGUCAAAAUUCCCAUUGCAUUAAACUGUGUGGAGCGAAGCUACUCCCAGCUUCCUGUUGUGCACAGGUUGACCCAUAUCACCUUUGACCAUUUUGAAUUGGCAUACAAUUACAUAUCACUCAAAGUUAACCAAUUUCAUCUUUCUUUCCACAUGCUGCUGGUAUUUUUAAGCAUGAUUAUUGGACAGUUUGUAUAACGUUCCUUUCUUUCUUGAUGCUUUAAACAGUACAGGAUAGUUUUUUUGUAUUUGCACAUAACACUUGUCCUAACGUCCAAUUAAGUUCUAAUAUGAUUCAUGUGAAUGGUUCUAAAGUAUUCACAAUUUACCCUUUGCAAGAAACCCAAUGCUGUAGCUACUGUACGUCCGAGAAAUCAUGUGGCUCAUGGACCAAUCGCGUCUUCCUCUUUACUAGUUAUAGCAUGAAGUACACAUGAAAGAAUAUCAGAAGGUAUCUUGUUUCUACCACAGAAAAAAUGCACACCAUUUUUCAAGUUAAAGUCCACUGACGUUAAUCUGCUCCCUUGUCUGUUUUUUUUGUCGGACAAAAAUGGGAGUUUCAGCAUUAUAAUUGGACAGAUCACGUCAAUCAAACUCCCUGCAAAAGGGUCAAUUACAACUUCUAGAAUUUUGAGUUCAUUUUAAUCUCUAUUAAAAAGACUUUACAAAUGUUUUUUAUAAUUUACACUGUCCUAACAAGGCAUCAUGCAAUAAAGCAACAUCAAACUAUAAAUAAAUUAUAAUAUUUUUUUAUAGAAUAAUAAUUACAUUUCAAUAAAAUUAAUAAAGUAAAAUAAAAAAUGUAACUAAAAAUUAAAAUUAAAAAUUAAACAAAAUUAUUAUAAAAAAAUGUAUUAUUGUUUUUAUGUAGUAAAAAAUAUAUUAAAAUCUUAAAACAUAACUCGAGAAGCAUCACUGCAUUCUGGAUUAGAACUGAAAUAAAAGUGUAUUUUGUCUUAGUAACAAAAAAAAACUAAGACAAAAAUACAUUUUAUAUUUAAAAUAAAUGUUUUUUGCUUUUCAAAUGAAUUGAUCUUGUUUAAAGGAUAGAUAUUUUAACAGGUAAAUUAGACAAAACAUAGAUUAAGAAAAUGAUUUCAAGCAGCAGACUCCUACCAUCCUGCUGGUGACAAAUGUCUAACGCAUCGCUCCUGGUUAGAAAUUGUGUAAAUCAUUAAGUUAAGAGUUUCGUGACUUGCUCUUCUUGAACACAAAUAAAGCUUGUCAUGCCAACAACACCAACAGCAUAACGUAACCUUCAUGUUUGAUGUACCUGUAAUGAUAUGUUAUAAACAUUAGCAUUCUGAAGGAAAACUGGUAUAUGUUUUCACAUCAAGAAUGUGUCUUCCAGUGUUUUGGCCCAUAUAGCCUCAGCUAACUGGUAAAGCAUGACAUCAUAAUGGAGAAAGAAUGCUUUGUGUGCUAAUGAGAGCUUAUGAUUAUGUUUGGGAGUCUCUUUAAUGACUGGGCAGGGUUAUGUAUAGAAUGUUUUUAACAGACAGGUCAUGCGAGGAAGGUCUGUGUGACGCAUGGGUACAGAUAUAUAUGUCGUAUUAUAUUUAGAAUGUUGAUUUAAAGCAGUUUGUCGUCCUUGUGCCCUCUGUAAAUAGCAGAAUAUUUUUUAUUUUGUUUUGACUGAGUUUUACAAACACAAUCUUCCCAAGAGGAGGAGAUUUCUUUAACGCAGCAUAUCAACUCUAAUUGGAUUUUGUUAAAUGUGCAUUUAGUAUUGUGAAAUAUAUUUCUAAACUGAUUAAAAAGACUGCUGGGAUGGAA